AUGUACAAUGAAAAUGCUGAAGAGAAAAAUGUCACAUAUUUUCACGAAAAUCGAAAUAAUUUCUCCAAUUUAACAGGGAAUGAACAAUUGGAUAAAAGGAUUGAAUAUUUGUGGAAUUUGGCAUUAUCGAGUGUUUAUGAAAAUGCAAAAUUAUCAAUGAAAUAUGUUAGUUUAAUUAAAAAAAUUACUAAAAGCGCAUUGAAUUUUGAUAAUAUAUGUUGCCAUCACUGCAAUUUAAUAUAUAUUCCAUUUUACAAUUGUGAAGUCAAACAAGUGGGCAAUAAAAACAUAAUCCUAUACCAAUGCCGACUUUGUAACAGCAAAAAAAAAAUAAAUACAUUAAAUUUGUCUAAAAAUGAUAAAAAUAAUUUAAACGAAUUUCCAACUCAAUCCAAAAAACAUAUGGUUCCCCAGGAAAGAAUCGGAUUUUUCUUAAUCAAUGAAAUUGAAGAAAAUGCAAUAAAUCACAAAACAAAUUCAAUUAUUUCGAAUGUCGAAGAUCAAGAAUGUGAAGAUAAUCCUAUCGAAAAUUUAACCGUGGAUCAGGACGAUAAUGAUUUAAAUAAUGAAAUAAUUGACAAACAAAUUUAUAAUAAGAUUACAGAACAUAAUAAUACAGAAAUAACUAAAGAUAGCAAUAUUGAUAUUACUGUUUCAAAUGAUUGCAAACCUAAUGUUAUUGAAAAUGAAAAUUUAAAUAACCAAGAUAUUGCUUAUGAUGAUAUUAGCAAUUUAUUUACAAUUGAUUAUGGAGGAAAUAAUGUCUCAAACGAAAAAGGCAGCACUUUUUUCGCUAAUAUCUGUAAAAGCGAUGAAAAGGUAUCGAACAAUAUCCAAAUUAAUAAUACCAUUAAAAAUGUGAAUGAAUUAGAGGGAAAUAAUAAUGCUACAAAUAAAAUGCAAGAAAAUAUACAACAUUCUAGUAAUAAUAACAUUACCAAAACUAAUGAACUACAUAACAUUAAAAAAAAUAAUAAUUCGAAGAAUUUUAAUAAUCCAAAUAAGUCUAAUAAAAAAUCAAAUAUUCCGAAUAAUGUUAUAAAUGAUAACCCAUUAAUUUUUAAUAAGCCCAAAAAAAAAAGGAAAACUAUUUUAGACAUACUAUAA